ACGGUGUUCUUCGCCACCUGACCCCAUCGUCGUCGUCCCUUCCUCUCUCACAUCAUUCCCUCUUAUCUCUUCUGUCUUUCCCCUUUUCUUUCUUCUUUUUCAAUCCAAAAUCUUUAGCUUUUGAUUCUCACGUUACUGUAAUCCCACUCAAUUUCCGCCGAUUUCGACAUCAACCCACUGGGUCGCGAAAAAAUCGGUCAUUUUGAUCCGGGUUUCGUCUGAAAUCCCCAUGGGGAAUAUCGGAAGCAGCAGCGGAAGCGGCGGAGGCAGCGGGAGAACCCGCCACGGGAGGCGUCGGAAUCACACGCCACCUCCACCUCCGCCUCCGCCUCCACAACCUCCGGCGACAGAGAUCCCUCCCAACCGUUACGUUUUCGCCGCCGCGACACCGUACCCGAACCCUAACCCUAACCAGUACUACCAGUAUCCAGGUUACUAUCCUCCUCCUCCGGCGACGAUGCCGGUGCCUCUCCCGGCGCCGUAUAACGACCACCACCACCUCCACCACUAUCCGCAGCAGCCGUUCCACCCUUGGGCCGCCGGCGGGAGGUAUCACUGCGGACCGAUGAUGCCACCGCCGCUUCCGUACGUCGAGCACCAGAAAGCUGUGACGAUUCGUAACGACGUCAAUCUGAAGAAGGAGACUCUGAGGUUGGAGCCUGACUCGGAGAAUCCGGGUCGGUUUCUCGUCUCCUUCACGUUUGAUGCGACCGUCUCCGGAAGGAUCACAGUCGUUUUCUUUGCCAAAGAAGGCGAAAAAUGCAAUCUCACCGCGACAAAGGAAGAUAUUCUGCCACCAGUGACUGUGAAUUUCGACAAAGGACUUUGUCAGAAGUUCAUUCAACCCUCUGGUACGGGGAUAGAUUUAUCGGCGUUUGAGGAUUCUGAGCUGCUAAAAGCGGCUGACACAGACAUCUAUCCAUUAGCAGUCAAGGCAGAGGCGAAUCCAUCGGUUGAUAAUGAAUCAGAAGGAGGGUCGGGAUCCACGAAUGCCCAGAUAACACGGGCGGUGUACAAGAAGGAGAAAGGGGAGAUCAAUAUAAGGGUAGUGAAUCAGAUACUAUGGGUGAAUGGGAUGAGGUAUGAGUUGCAGGAAAUAUAUGGGAUAGGGAACUCGGUUGAUGGUGGUGACGAGGAUGCUGCAGACGGUAAUGACCCGGGAAAAGAAUGCGUUAUAUGUUUGUCUGAACCACGGGACACGACCGUUCUUCCCUGCAGGCACAUGUGUAUGUGCAGUGGAUGCGCAAAAGUACUGAGGUUCCAGACAAAUCGGUGUCCCAUCUGUAGGCAACCCGUGGAAAGACUCUUGGAGAUAAAGGUGAACAACAACAACAAUAACAAUAACAGCAAUGGAGGAGGAGAUGAAGGAGAAGAGCUUCCAAGCUCUUCUCAUUGAAUGGAAGAGAAGCUUUUCUAUGAAAAUAGAAAGGACCUUCUGUGUGAAACAUUUACAAGCCGGCUGUGUAUGUGUACUACAUGAAUGUAUGUGUAUAUGUGAAAUUGAUAGUAUAGUUAAAUUCCCGGUCCUUGAAUCAUACAUCUUUUAAGUUCUUUCCAGCCCUUUGUACU